AUGGACAAAGAUUGCGACAUGGUAUAUAAGAAUGUUUCUGACAUAUAUAAAUCCGGGGAGUUUAAGACCUACGAUAACUUUGUUUCGUUAGUUGCUGAAUGUGUAUGGCAGAUAAGAGAUAAAGAUAGAAGAGGUAAAAUAUGGAACGAACAGAUAAGACCAACUGCUUUUGAGUUAAAGAAAACCAUUGACGCCUUAGUUGUUUUAGCAGGUAAGGUUUCAGAAUAUAACGCAAAAAUGAAUCCGCAAUGUUCUAAAUGUAAAGCAGCAAUUAGGAAAUAUAACUACUCCGUCAAAGAGAUAGAAAGAAUGCGAAACGACUAUGCUGACUUAAAGAAAGAAGUAGAGAAACCAGCAGAAGAUAAAAUGGACAUGUUAGCAUUUCUGAACAAAAACUAUCCAACAGUAGAAGAUUUCCUUCUAUCUGACGUCAAGAAGAAAUAUAAAGAGACUUUCGGCAUUGUUAAAACUUUUGAUAUCCUCAGCGAAGAAAUAGAAGCUACGAAAUUGUUUAGGAUUUCAAAUAUACAUCGUACAAUUCAUGUAAAACGCUUAUAA